ACACUCCUCCUCUGCUAAACACCCACACACAACACAAAAACAUCUUCUCUUUCGAUUCUCAAACACCUUUAAGCUUCCAUCAUGGCUGUUUUCACAUUCGACGACCAAGCCACUUCUCCCGUGGCUCCUGCCACCCUCUACAACGCUCUUGCUAAAGACGCCGACACCAUCAUCCCAAAGGCUGUUGGUUCCUUCCAGAGUGUUGAAAUUGUCGAGGGCAACGGUGGUCCCGGAACCAUCAAGAAGAUCUCUUUCGUUGAAGAUGGAGAGACAAAGUUUGUGUUGCACAAAAUAGAAACAAUAGACGAGGCAAACUUGGGAUACAGCUACAGCAUAGUUGGAGGUGUUGCUUUGCCAGACACCGCAGAGAAGAUCACAAUCGACACUAAAAUCAGCGACGGCCCCAACGGAGGAUCACUUAUAAAGCUGACCAUAUCUUACCACGGCAAAGGAGAUGCACCACCCAACGAAGAUGAGCUCAAAGCUGGCAAAGCCAAGAGUGAUGCUCUUUUCAAGGCCGUUGAGGCUUACCUUUUGGCCAAUCCCUGAUUUACAAACUCAUCCAAUAUCAAUAUCAGUCAUAAGAAGCUUGCUUAUAUGAUCAUAUCGAGAGUUUUCUUGGCUUGCAUAAAGUUUCAGAGUGUUCUUAAGUUAAGUUGGCUUCCAUUUUAAGGAGUGUUUUCUUUCUUGCUUCCCUUUGCUGCAUAAUUGUGAGAGCUCGUGGCUAUCUUUGUAUCUUUCUUCGUCAAUAAAUGAUAAUAAAGGAAAUCAUUACU